ACCAUUAUUCAACAAGAUUUAUUAUUCAUAACUUACACACCCAAAUUGUUCAAUUUGAUAUACAAAAUUAUAAGAGAGAGGAGGCGGCAGUGUUGGAUUAUGUUGUGAUGUGUGUUGUGUUGUUAUGAACUUUGCAAGAAAUCGUGAGAGAAAAGAAAAAUAUAUAUUAUAGAUAUCAUAGAUCGUCCCCUUCAACUUGUAAUCAAAAUUCACCCAGCCGAGCUCACCUACAUUCAACAUUGUAGCCAGUCGCUGUUUCAUCCUAAAAUUCAUCGCCUUUUUUGUAGGAGCAUGUCGGACGCUUACUGGAGAUAUACCGACUCACAGCAGCAGCCUCCGUCGUCGGUUCCGCCCGUCGUCGGCAAGCGCCCUCGCGUCGAUUACGAUACCACUGGUCUUCACGAGCUGCCCAACUACUAUCCACGUCAAGAUGAUAGGCCAGUUCUCCAAGGAAUUAAAAGUGUUGAUUCCAUCAAUGAGUCCUAUGAACGUUACCUACGCACCUCGCAAAUUUCAUCUUAUGGUGGACAGUCUGCUAGACCUGUUGGUGGGGGCGUUCCUGGUCAUCUGAUGAAUGACCCACCUAUCUUGGGCAUUGGGGGUGUGGUUUCAGGGGCAAAUGUUAAUGACAGAAGUACGAGCUUUGGAGGUGGGAGGCCUAACAUACCCCUUCCACCUGAUGCUUCUAAUACACUAUUUGUGGAAGGCUUGCCUUCCAGCUGUACCAGGCGUGAAGUAGCUCACAUAUUUCGCCCUUUUGUUGGCUACAAAGAAGUAAGACUUGUUAACAAGGAAUCCAGAAGUGCUGGAAGAGAUCCAGUGGUGCUUGGUUUUGUAGAUUUUGUGAGUCCUGCCCAUGCAGCCACGGCCAUGGAUGCCUUACAAGGGUAGCUGAACAGCAGUGUGGAAUCAGUUUGUUUUUAGUUAGUACCACUCAACCUCCUUCAUUACUCAUGCAGCCACACGCCGAAUAUGGAAAUAAAGGUGCGACUGCAUGAGCACAUAUGAUUCAGCAAUGUAAUUGAUAGAUUUUUUUGUUAGGAAGCCAAGGAAGCUAGGCUGUUUUGUUGGGCUUGUUAAAGGGUAUAGGCAUUAUUAUUAGCAUUUGACUAUUGAGCUCCCUCUAGUUUCCUGCCUCCUUGAAUAUGAGAUUAAGUUGAAAGCCCCAGUUUUAAAAGAGAGUGAUGUACAAGGAAACAAUUCAUAGGUUAUGUAUCAUUUUAUCGACGUCAACAACAGUAUUGAUGGCAUGUGGGAAAUUGAUCUUAAGUGGCUGCCACAUUUCAUAUUGGGUGCAUGGUUAAAACACAUCUUUCAAUCUCAUGCAUUUGACAGUUUAUGUAACAUAUGUGACGGCCACAUUAAAUCAUCCCUUCAUUGUUGGGGAUGUACUUCUUAUAUGUAUUUGUUUGGCUCUCUCCUCUCCAAGGUGGGAAUGUGUUUGCAUCUGUAUCAUAACUCAUAGGGCUCUUAGAUUCCAAGUUGUGUGGUUUGAAGAAUUUGAGUGUCGAUCCUAUCCUGCAUUCGGCCAGUAGGAAAUCUGGUUAGUUUUGUACUUGGUGUCAUAGAUUAUUCGGUCCAGUACCCCAUGUUUACUUUCAGUUCAGCAGAUGUGAAGCUUAUCACAUUUAAGGCAGAUUGGUUUUGAAGUUUAA